CGGGCACAAAAUGGCGGCGCUCGGCGCGUGGGGCAUGGCGGUGCAGCGCGGGCGGCUGUGGGGCGCGGCGCGGGCGCCGUGGGGCUGGCGGCGGCCGCAGCGGGCGCUCGGCCAGGACGCGGGGAGCGCGGCCGAAAAAAAGGACGCCAAGCCUUCUUUCACGGACGAGGCGGUUCAGAAUUUACUGUACAAAAUGACGGGGCUGGACUUGCAGAAGGUGUUCAGGCCGGUGAAGCAGGAGCUGAAGCCGCCCAAGUACAAGCUGCUGACGGAAGCGCAGCUGGAAGAGGCUACAAAAAAAGCUAUCAAGGAAGCUAAAGAAAAGCUGACAAUGCCCCCUGUUUUGGAUGAACGAGAGCCAAUUGAUGAUGUGUUAGCAGAAGACAAAAUCCUCGAAGGAGUUGAAACUACGAAAUAUAUAUUUACAGAUUUAACUUAUUCGAUUCCACAUCGUGAACGUUUCAUUGUAGUUAGAGAACCAAAUGGUGUAUUACGCAAAGCAACCUGGGAAGAAAGAGACCGAAUGAUACAGAUAUUCUUCCCAAAAGAAGGGCGCAGAGUUAUUCCCCCAGCGGUAUUCAAGGAUGAACACCUUGUGACUGUGUUUCAGCAAGACCGUCAUGAGGAUAUCCUUAACAUGUGCAUUGCUCAGUUUGAGCCAGAUUCAGCUGACUAUAUCAGAAUUCAUCAUCGGACAUAUGAUGACAUUGAGAAACAUGCCAAAUAUGAUCUGCUCCGUUCAACAAGGCACUUUGGAGGCAUGGUUUGGUACCUAGUCAACAGAAAGAAAACAGAUGGCUUACUAAUAGAUAUGAUCCACAGAGACUUGCUAGAUGAUGCUACAAGUUUAAUCACGCUGUAUCAUAUGCUUCAUCCAGAAUGUCAGUCAGCAAAAAAAGCUGAAGAAAGGAACCUUCAGGGAGUUGAUCUGAUCAAGGUCUUUGCGAAAACUGAAUCACAAAAAGAAGGCUAUAUACAGUUGGCCCUCCAGGCUUACGAGGAAGCAAUGGCUACUUCUACAGCUUCCUGAAAUAAACUAUAGUUCAUUAGUUUAAGCUGUUUACAAACCUUCUCUGUACAGGAUUCCACAAUAAAUACCUUAAACAAU